AUGUACGAAAUUUUACGAGAAGCUAGAGACUUUGCCAGCAAGCGGGCCCCGAGCGCAAGCACGUUCCACAUCGCUGAGUGCUGGGCAACAAUCUUGAACAGAGAGUAUAGACAUGGAUAUGCCAUUUUAAGAAAACGCGAUUUAACAAAUAUUUAUGUGCUCUUGCGCGAAGGACCACCCCCACCCGAGCGAACAAAGUUGACAACAGAAGACGCCAUUGAUCACUAUCUUCAAGGGCAUAGAGAGAAAGAGAUUCCUUUUACUUGUGACCAGGAGGAAGAGAAUGAGGGAAUCAAGCGGGAAAUGGCUGAGAUAAAAAGUAACGAAACUCCAGAGGCACAUGAGUUGAGAAACAGAAUCGAAGAGCUUGAAAGCCAGUUGAAAAGCUUCCAAAGCGACUACGCAGAUCUCAUGCAAAUGGAUCAAGCAGAUCGAGAAGCGACGCUAGAAGCGAUCAAACUCAAGUAUCUGAGGGAAAAGGAUAUUCUCAUUGAAAGAGAAGAGACCAUCCAAGCACUUCAGGAGGAGAUGUUUGCAAAAGACAACGACCAUCGUCAAGAUCUUGAAGAGCUCUCGAAAUUUAUCGAUGAACUGCGCAGCGAACGAUGGAAGAAGGAUCAAGAAAUGGACAAGCUUUUGAAUCAGCUGAUUGAUCUUGAGGAUGCAGUCGAGCAGCAGAUUGCUGUGAAGCAAUUUGCGGAGCACGAGCGAAAACUGCUCCAAGAAGAAGUCAACGAUCUCAAUGCCCAAAUUGUCGAGCACAACAAAGAACUGAUCAUGCUCAAACGAAAAGCUGAAAAGUCAGAAGAGGAUAAAAACACCCUUCAACAAGACAUGACGUCGGCCAUUACACUUGCCCAGGAUGCCAAAAUAGCAAAGGAAAAUGAAAUUCGCGAGCUUCAGGACAAAAAUCGAAAGCUAGAGGAAGAAAACGCGAGACUAACGGUCGAAGUUUCCCAACUCAGACGGGAUCGUCGCGGAAGCCCGGUUCUAGCAGAACCAGUAUCGCCAAAGCCACAAGUUUUCGAGCCUGAUAGAAGACUGUCAACCUCCCUGAUGGCUUCAACAGAGGAUUCUUGGUCGACAAGACGUAAUAGAUUUGUGAAAAGCGACCCGCCAAGUGUUCAAAAUCUCAUUCAAAACUUCAACAAAGAUCCCGAACCAACUCUUGAGGACUCUGGCAGAAGUACUGGCAGCGGUAUUGCAGUGCCCAGCUCUCCUGGCUCAAGUGGCGAUCGUCUUGCCAAAUUCAGACUGAGCUUUGAAAGACGCGAAAGCGCGAGAGACGUUUAUCUGUCAGAGCGUGUCAUUUCUUCUCGCCUUGGCAGCGAUGGGGCUACUCCAAGACGUCCCUACGCGCGUAGUGAAGACUCCACUACAUCAUCAUCGUCUGUUCCAUCGAUUCAGUCGUAUUCUAGCAUCAAUUAUCCGUCAAUAAACACGAGUGAUCCUUUACAAGAUCUCUCGAGAAAAUAUGGUUGCUCCAAGAGAAACGCUCUUUUGAAGUGGUGUCAAGAAGAGCUUGCCAAUUACAAGGAAGUCGAUGUGACGAACUUUAGCUCAUCAUGGGGCGAUGGAUUGGCCCUCUGUGCCUUGUUACACACGAGAAUGCCGCACAACGUCCCCUUUAGGGAGCUGGUGCUCGACAACAACCCAAGAAAGAAUGUUGAGACUGCGUUGAAAGCUUGCUCAGUGCUUGGAAUCGGCGGUCUACCGAGUGUGGAUGAGUUCCUCGUGAACGAGCGGCCCGAUUGGCAGCGGAUCAUGAAAUUAAUUUCACAAAUUUUCAAAAACUUCACCUCUGACCAGCCAGCAACUGCAUAA